CGAAAGUAAAAACACAGGCCCAUGGCAAGCCCGUGAUUUCGACCCAACUCACAAUCGCCACAGUCUGCGCUUUCACUCGCCGCCUGGUUCUUGUCUUCCUCGCAUUUACCGCCCUUAGAGCAUUCAUUCAGCAACCACCGUAAUGGAGGAGUCAAUUUUUUUGCCUCUAACUAAUCGAUAAGAAAUCGAGAUGAGUCUCGUAGUAAUCAGCAGCGGUUUCCCGUAUCCAGCUUCGUCAAUUCAUUCCUCCUCCCAAGUCGUAAUGCUGUCUCAGGGCGCCCUACCCACCGCGAAGCUGCAGCCGAUGUUUCGCCCCUCACACCACAUUAGGGCACCGUUUUACCUCCGCCGGCCGCUGCCGUCGUUUCCGUUGCUACUACAGCAGCAGCUCCGGCCGGCCUCGCGUUUGCAGUCACGACCACCGUCCACCGCCACGAGGCGCAGCAGCAGUACUACUACUAUCUCGUCAGUUUUUGAUUUCAAAGGUGGAAAAGGGAUGGCUGGGUUCCAUGAUCUGGAGCUGAAAGUGAGAGACUACGAGCUGGAUCAAUAUGGAGUUGUCAACAAUGCCGUUUAUGCUAGUUACUGCCAACAUGGUCGUCAUGAACUAUUAGAGAGCAUUGGUGUAAGUGCAGACGCUGUAGCUCGAACUGGUGAUGCAUUGGCACUCUCUGAAUUGAAACUCAAAUUUCUAGCACCUCUAAGGAGUGGAGAGAGGUUUGUGGUAAGAGUGCGAGUCUCGGACUCUUCUGCUGCCCGGUUAUACUUUGAGCACUUCAUCUUCAAGUUGCCGAAUAACGAGCCUGUUUUGGAAGCAAACGCCACAGCUGUAUGGCUGGAUAAGAAUUAUCGGCCUGUUCGAAUUCCUGCAGACGUGAGAUCUAAAUUCAUUCAAUUCCUUCGCCAUGACGAGUCCAAUUGACCCCCUCACUUGUUGCAACGGAGGGGAAGGUGAGAAGGCAGAUCACAGAAUUUGAUUGUUGAUACUUCUGGAACUGUAUUCUCAAUAUUGCUGAGAAAUGGCCACUUGAUUUCUGCCGCUGCUUUCACAAGCCGACUAAGAUAUAGAGGGUGAAGGCCCUUAUUUGUCACUGUUUUUCUACACGAGCCCUAUGUUCUGGUCUUUCUGGAAGAUUGAAAAAUCUUUACAACUGUUGUAAUGUGUAAAAAUGUGAUUCUUGUGUUAAAAAUUGGGUUGUUUGGAUUGAUCAUACAUAUUCAUAUCUCUGUAGAAAUGAAUUGUUCUAGUAUCU